GCUGGACAACACCUGCGACCGAUAAGAUUUCGUUUCUUGUUUAGUUACCCAAGAGACAUCAGGUCGAUACUCGAAACUAUUUCCUCGUCAAACUCAUACCAAACAAUAUUCUAAACUCCAUCCUGUCGCCGUCAUCACACCGAACCGCCGCACGCCAUGGCCGACGACGCUCCCGAUGCCAGCCCCAAGAACGAACCCCUCAACGUUGAGACAAAAGAAGACGCAGAGACACGCGCUACUCGUCGCGAAUUAAAGCAAUCUUCCAUCUCCGAUCCCCCAACAUCUGGCCCUGAAGAUGCUGCCAACACCUCGGAUGCGCCCGAUAAGGAUAUGAAGGAGCAGAUCACUUCACCUAAGAAGAAGCGAGCACACGACCAACUAGAUGGGAGCAAGGAGGAGGAAGAGAAUGACACUAACAGUGUUGCGUCGUCUGAUUCAGCCAAGGAUAGAUCCCUACGACUAGAGCCCGAGAAGAAGCGACAUCGCGACGAGGACACAGAUUUGCAAUCCGGAGCUGCUUCCAGUGAAGAAGCGACCAAGACUUCACAGACGGCUAACUCCCCUACAAAAAAGUCUCAACCACAAACAUCUGCUAGCGCUUUCGCAGCAUCUGGAUUUGGCAAGCUCUCCUCUGGGUCGUCGCCUUUUGCUUCCCUCGGUGCCUCUCAGGGAUCCAGCCCUUUUGCAUCAGCCGCUGCUGGCAAGCCCUCGAUUAGCUCAUUUGCUUCCCCGCCCGCGUCCACGGCUGCGCAGCCAGCAGCAGCUCCCAAACUGACCUUUGGCAGCUCUGGCGGAGCAUCACCUUUUGCUGGACUUUCCACCGGGACUAACGGAAGCCCAUUUGGUGGAAGUACAUUCGGUUCUGCUUUCGGGGCCGGUAAGCCCCUCUCGAGCUUUGCUGCACCUGGAGCAGAGGCGCCCAAGAGCGAGAAGCCUUCGAAACCUUUCGGAGCUCCCGACAGUGAUGUCGAGGAGGAGGAGGACGAGGACAAUGAGGCGGAAGAGACCGAGCAGCCUGCUGAGACCGAGCGCGCUGCUUCUCCUGAGAAGGAAUCUGACGAGAAAAAGAAACUCAAGUUACAAAAGAUUGAGGUGAACGAUGGAGAAGCUGGAGAAGCAACAGUCGUAUCUGUUAGAGCUAAGAUGUUUUACCACGACAAGGAAGCUGGCUGGAAGGAACGAGGUGCAGGCAUGUUGAAGAUCAACGUGCCUCAAGCCUGUGUCGAGUACGACGACAGCGGUGCUGUUAUUCCCGGAUCAUUUGAUGCCUCCGCUCUCGAAGUAGAUGAGGAGGCAGCAGGAGGAUCUCAGGGGCACAAAGUAGCUCGACUCAUCAUGCGCCAGGAUCAGACUCACCGAGUUAUCUUGAACACAGCACUUGUUGCUGCUAUGAAGUUCCAAGAAAAGGCUUCAUUGAAGUCUGUUGGUAUUCUAUUCACUGCAUUCGAGGGCGAGCAGUCCAAGCCUGUGAGCAUCACAAUGCGGAUGUCAGCCGCUAACGCUAAGAUCUUCAUGAAUGAAAUCGGCAGCAUCCAAAAGGAGCUCCAGAGCAGUUAGAAUAUGCGAAAGGAGCGCUCGGAAAGCUACGAAACCCCAUAUAUAGACGACACCCAACACCAAGACUUGGUGUGAUUGUAAGAAGGGAUGCGGAAUCGAUGCAUAUAUAUGCUAGUUAGGCUAGGUACUGAUUCCGGCGAUUGGCAGCAAGCGACGAGAUGGAUACAAGCAGUGCCCAUGGCGGUAUGGGGCAUUUGUGUGAGCCCGGUGGUUUUAUGGCUCGGAUGGUGUCAUGAAAAGAAUUCUGUCUGCAUACAUAUCUCCCUUGGGAAUUAUCACCUUAGGAAAGGUAUUUGGGGAGCCUUUUGUACGAAAGCUGGACACUCUUGGUGGCGGAAGUAGAUGAAUCACAGCCGUGUGCUGGCCAUGCAGUCGCAUUCAUGCCAAUAAACGUACUUCAGUUAGAUA